AUGACAUCAUCAGUUAACCGGGUCCCCAGGAAAACCGUCGCCAUCGUGGGCACAGGCAGUGCGGGAAUUGGCGCUUUGUGGGCUCUGAACCGUACUCAUCACGAUGUGUAUGUCUAUGAGGCGGCCGAUCGGCUCGGAGGCCACACCAACACGGUAACCUGGAAGCGGGGGAAGUACCAGGCACUCGUCGACACGGGAUUCAUCGCCUUGAAUGCAGCCACAUAUCCCAAUUUCAAUAACUUUCUGAAGAAGGUUGGUGUCAAGACGGCAAAGACUGAUAUGACCUUUGGCAUUUCCCGAGAUCAUGGCAAACUCGAAUGGUCUGGAGCGGGUCUGGAUGCUGUCUUCUGUCAAAGAAAGAACCUCCUCUCGCCCCGGAUGUGGCGAAUGCUUUUUGAUGUCAUUCGUUUCAAUCAAUUCGCAUUAGACCUGCUAAGGGAUGAGGGCGAUUCCCUGAGCGAGACGGAGACAAUAGGACAGUACCUGGAGCGAGAGGGAUACUCGGAUACAUUUAAGAAUGACUAUCUGAUCCCGAUGACAGCUGCUCUCUGGAGUACCAGUCCCAGUAAAUGCAGUCUCGAAUUCCCGGCCACAACCCUCGUGCGAUUUAUGUGGAAUCACCAUUUACUAGACACAAUAUCGAAGAAGCCAGAUUGGUUGACCAUUGAAGGUGGUGCGAAGUCCUACAUCGAUGCCGUUAUCAAGGGGUUCCCGCCAAACCACCUCUUCCUGGAUACACCCGUCAAACACGUUACCAAUGAAAGCGAUGGCCGAGUAAGACUACACCUGGAAAAUGGCAGGUCUGCUGUGUACGAUCACGUCAUCCUCGCGUGUCACGGCGACCAGGCAUAUCAGAUAAUAGGACCGUCCGCUACGCCUGAGGAGAAAUCGAUCAUGUCUACUUUCAAGACUUCCGAGAACACGGCAGUUCUCCAUUCGGAUCUAACGCACCUGCCGGUCCGGAAGAAUGCGUGGUCGGCGUUGAACUACAUGACGUUGACGGAUCCAUGGACUCGACAAGAUAUCGAUAGGGUGUCCCUGACCUACAAUAUGAAUGUUCUGCAGCACAUUCCACGCCAGCCAUUUGGAGAUGUGCUAGUCACAUUAAACCCCAUACACGAACCCAAGAAGAACCUCGUCCAGGGGCGCUACUCGUAUGCGUCGCCGCUGUACAACCCGGCCACGAUACGUGCGCAGAACCAGCUGCGUAGGAUACAGAACAAGCGCGGCAUCAGCUACGCGGGAGCCUGGACAAAGUACGGCUUCCACGAGGAUGGCUUCAGCAGCGGAUUGUAUGUGGCGCAAGCACAUCUGGGCGCGAAACUGCCAUUCGAGUUUGUUGAUUCCACAUACAGCCGAGGCAAACAGCCGAACAGGGGCCUCAGGGCCUUGCUUGUGCGCGUCAUCAUAUUGGUCGUUCAGGUUUUAGUCAUCGGAGUUCUCGAGGCUGUCGUCGAACGGAUCAAGCCCAAGGUGACAUCCAAAAAGCUUAAUAUAUGUUCUUUCGAAACAGAUCAAAGGUCCGAACCCUUGUUCAUUCGACGGGAUAUCGCUGCGCUCCCUGCAGUCCCCCGCGACCUCGAAAUGGGCUUGCAACUCCUGUCGCCGCGCGCUACGGCAGCAGUCGCAACCACAAUUCCAGGCCAAGGCGGCGCGGCGGAAUGUAUCGAGCAGUGCCGCCCCCAGGAGCAAGGCAGGCUCGUCGCAGCACCCGAACCCGAACGUGGCGGCGGAUAUGGCAAGAUUGAGGGCGGGUAUUUUGUCUUGGAAGAAAGUGACAAGCUGAGACUCUUUUUUUUUGGCCGCAGGAACUACAUCCUCAGUAUUAUUCUCGGCACCGUUGCGUUCAGUUAUGGAAGUGUGCCCAUGUACAAGAUGAUCUGCCAAACCACAGGCUGGGGCGGCCAACCCGUACGCGCGCCCGGCCACGGCCCCGGCGGCGACGAGGUCGAUGCCUCGACCCGCCUGGUACCGGUCGAGGGCGCAAAGCGGAUCCGGGUGACGUUCAACGCGUCCGUGUCGGACAUCCUGCCCUGGAAGUUCACGCCCCAGCAGCGCGAGGUGCGGGUGUUGCCCGGCGAGACGGCCUUAGCCUUCUACACGGCGACCAACACCUCGGAUAAGGACAUCAUCGGCGUCGCCACGUACAGCGUCACCCCCGCGCAGACGGCCCCUUACUUCAGCAAGAUCCAGUGCUUCUGCUUCGAGGAGCAGAGGCUCAACGCCGGCGAGACGGUCGACAUGCCCGUCUUCUUCUACCUGGACCCAGACUUGCUGAACGAUCUGAACAUGAAGGGAGUGGAGACGGUAACGUUGAGUUAUACCUUCUUCAAGGCGAAAUAUGACCAUAACGGGAACUUUCAGAACAUUACACCGUCGACUUCGUAG